CGACGGCUUCUUAUUGGAACGUAUCCCCCUAACGGAACUGCACUUCUCCCCUCUGCGCCGCUCUGCUCUGCUCACUCCGCGACGGAUCGAGACAGAGAUGUUAUCUGCAGUUCGGUCAUGUCUUCUACCAAUUAUCCGACUUUAUCUGCUCGGCAUCAAGGUUCUGUUGGUUCAGCUGCUCAGCGGACCCUUCAGGUUGCCAGUGAUGCCCAGACAAGAUGGCAAGGUUGCCAUAGUGACAGGAGGAAGUAGGGGAAUCGGCUAUGAGGCAGUCCGCCACAUGGCAAAGCUGGGGGCGCAUGUUGUCAUCGGUGGGAGGGAUGAGCGGGAGGGUCUGCUGGCCGUCAGAAGGAUCUGUGAAGAGAACAAAGAAGCCAAAGUGGAGUUCUCCAAACUGGACCUUGCCUCUUUGCAGUCUAUUCGUCAGUUUGUCCAGAGAUUCAAGGAGCAGAAUCUGCCACUGAACAUUCUCAUUAACAAUGCUGGUGUCAUGCUGGUUCCUGAGGGCCGUACUGAAGAUGGAUUUGAGCAGCACAUCGGCGUGAACUACCUAGGCCACUUCCUGUUGACCUGGCUGCUCCUGGACACACUGAAGGAUUCUGGGAAAUGCGGUUACUUCUCUCGUGUUGUCAGCGUCUCCUCCUCAGCCCACCGCGUUGGCAAGAUUGGACUAAAUGAUUUAAAUAGCUGCCGGUAUUAUUCACCCCAUGCUGCCUACUGUCAAAGUAAGCUGGCCCAGCUGUUAUUCAGCUCCCACCUCCACCAGGAGCUGCAGCGGCGAGGUUUCCCCCUGAGUUCGUGUGCCGUGGACCCCGGCAUGGUGGACACCGCUCUGUAUCGCCACCUCGGGACGCCGCUGAGCCUGGUGCACAGCGCCGUUGCUCGCCUGCUUUUCAGGACUCCUGCGGAGGGCGCUUCCACUGUGUUGCUGGCCGCCCUGUCGCCGGCCCUGGAGGGGGAGGGUGGGGGAGGCUACUGGGCCACGGGGCACAGGGAGAUGACAACACCACCGACCUUUGACCCCCAGCUGCAGCUAAGCCUGUGGGAAACCAGCGUCCAGUUGCUGGGUCUGCAGUAGCACGGGAGGAAGGGACGACUAAGCGGAGUGAAGCAGAUGCAGACCCGUACCGUUCUCCACCGCCGCCCUUUGUCUCUCAAAACGAGGUGUUCGUAGAGGACAAUCUGACAAUCCACCGCGGGACUGUGAUUGCGAAUCGGUUAUUGGGGGGUUGAAGACCUACAAUUGUUCCAGACGAACCGCCAAAGAACGCUUGCUUUAGUUUUAUUCGGAGUGAGCAGUAGGACAUAUACACAAUAGGGUUAAAUUGGUACAUGGCUUUGCUGGCCUUAAGUUAGUAACAGAUAUCGGCUGUCAUCCAUCUCUGAAGUUCAUUCACUGAUCCUAGCUAAGCCGGAAUCCUCCCGCCAUGUCGUGUUGUAACACCUGUGAUGACCCGCUCUGCCUUAAUGUCUUCAGUCCGGCUCUCAGCGAAGACGAUCCCUUCGGAGGCUUUUCCAUCCUCAAAAGUAAACGUCCCAGGCGACAUCAAGAUGCUUUCUAGGAAAAAAGAACACUUCUGUUUCAUUAUUUUGGCGCAGUGACUUCAAAAUCGCAUGGCGGUCAACCACACACACACACACACACACACACACAUGUUGAUGCACCAUGAUAAUGUCCUGAAUUUUCAAAUGUGAACCUGCCUUUCUGUGGCAGGGAAACGUGACGUUGUCUGGUUGCUUGGACUUAUCGCGAUAUCUCACUGCUCACUGAACGCCAUCCCGUUUGACUGGGAGCACUUUGCCAGGAGCUGUAUUAUAAGCUAUUUUUUUGUUGUUGUUCUCAUGCCGAUAUGAUGCACUUUUCUCGCUCGCCCAGCAAUCCAUCAAAGGACGUUUCAUGGGUACUAUCGAGGGUGGGGGGGGCAUUGACAAAAGGAAGAGAUCCCAUGUAAAAUGCAGGCCUAAUUUUGGAAUAAUUCUCCCUAUACACCCAAGAGUGAUGACACAUUCUGGGGAAUUCUCCUGCUGUUGACAUUUUAUGAAGCCAGUCUGCUCAGAAAUGUCGGGGAACCAUCCGCCUCUUCUGUCCCCAUUUCCCUUUGUGAUCUGUGUUAAUCGGUUUUACUGUGUGUGUGAUACGUGUGUGUGUGUGUGUGUGUGUGUGUGUUUUAUGCAUGAAUUAAUUCAUGCGCUCUAGACCCGGUUGAUAUUGAGGGAUAGCACAACAAUAACGGAACACCGAUGGGAGGAAGAGAGGUGAAAAGCACUUUUUUUCCCCUCCAGAAUUCUGUGAUUGGUUCCUCAUCACUGCUGCUGCUGCUUUCUCAUUUGGCGCCGCUCCCAGUGCAUUGUGGGAUUGAGAUUUCCCUGUGUCAUGAGAAAUCAAACUCCAUCUGCUGAGCUGACACACACACAUACACACACACAGUCCGAAACAUUGGAAGCCGUACAUCCGGGCACAGGCUUAUCUAGACAAGCACACAGCAAACAAACACGUCUGUUACUCGUGCAGGAAAACACGCGUGCACACACACACACACACACACACACCGCGCCAUAAUGCCAUCGCCACUGUGAUAAACCAUUUUAGCUGUGAAGAUGAAAAGUUUUAUCUCAAAUGAAUAAAUCCUGCCCCACAUGCCAUCCCAGUGCUCCGAAUGCUGCCACUGAGCAUCCAGCGUUUGUUAUUAUCAGCCGUAUGUGAAGCAAUAGUACCACCGGGAGCUAAUUCAGCACGUCACACAGAGACAGACAUCCAGAAGAGGGAAAGAACCCGAGAAUGUGAAGGUGAAAAAAGGAAAAAGAUUUACACAUAAUAUCAGGAAUUCAAAUGUCCCUGUCUAUAUGUAUGAAAACGCUUCUUGUAUAUGUAACAUAUAUUUAAUUAUGUAUAUAUUCAAUCAACCGGCCAAUAAAGGCUUCAGUGUAAAUUGGGAUGUUUAAUCCCAGGCAAAAAAACAGUGGACCAUGUUAAUGGUAAAUAAAUCCAUGUUACUUUCAUUUAUUUGUAAUGCCCUGUGAUUAACAUGUCCAUGCUGCAAACAAGCCCGGCUUCCUCUCGUCGGUGCAGUACAUGUUAUGGGUUCGGCCUUGAAGGGCUCAUUUUGAUGAGCUAGAGAGUCUGGAUCUUUAGACUAAUUCUGCAUUCGUGUCCUGCGGGAUGGAUGUUAGGACGUUUCCACACUUACACUUGAGGAAGCUGUUCUCAUCACCUGACAUCUCCAGAUGGUUGGACUUCUUGUUUCAAAUACUCUUUGGUGACUUUUACUCAAAUCAACGUUGACAUAUAUACUGUGGUGAAUAGAUGGAAUGGUGGGGAGAAUAUCUUUACCAGUCCUAAUUACUUUUACAGUUUAAACCUCACUUGUGUGAGAGAAGAUGAUUCCCGUGAGCCAAUUAAACAAAUUCAAUUCAGUUAACUUAUUAAGCAGAACAGCACAAUCCAGAACUUAAGUGUAUUUGAAAUAUAAGUCCAAUCCAUGUUUGAAAUGUUCAUUCUGAAGCUUUUCCCGGUGUACUUAGUAUCCGUUCACCUACUCGGCGUAGAAGCAGUGUGAGCUGCUCGGAAUAACAAAACAAAAAGCGUUUCUCGCCUCAGUGCUUCCUUGUCCGACCGCGCGGCCUCAAUAACAGAAUACCAAACGUCCCGACCGGGGCCCGUCCAAACAAAUGCGCUCGUCUCCCCUCACAAGUGUGAAAGCACCAGCUCAGUCAGCGGCUCUCUUUUAAAAAGUACAAGCCUGCAGUGUGUGUGUGUUUGUGCGCUACAACCUAAGUCAAAGAGCUACCGGGUUCUUCACAGUCCAGCUGCUACAGCAGCUGUAUUAGAACCUGAGGGGGGGGGGACGAGGCCUCGGUGUCCCCUGCUGUGUCAGCGGGCAGAAGAGGGCAGCUCAAUGAUUACCUUGCUUUAUGUUCACCGGGGGCCCCGAGAAGCGCUUGGAGCACAGACCGGCCCACACGGGGAACUUUCAAAAACAGUGUCGUCCGUAUGUGAAUUAAUCGUAUCCAAGCGCUGUCGCCACUGCACGGUGGACUGACGGCGCUCUCAUAGCCAUUCUUCUGUCACAGCUGGACUUACAUUUAUAUUAAAUGUUUUGGGUCCCAAAUUCUGCUAAUUCUAAAUGUGUGUAUGUACAGGAGAGAGAGAUCAUGUAGAGAUGAACACAGGGGGCAACCAGAUGAACCGAGUCUUUACUCUGGUCUCAGUCCGGUCAAGAGCCGACACAUGCAGACAUUUGUCCAUCCGUCACCUUUUAUUUACCCCCCCCCCCCCCCCUCAUCAUGUUCUCCUCCCUAGAACGAGCAUGUUCCCCCCCUUAAAUACAGUGUAAACAUUCCGUCCAUCUGGGCCCCUGAGGAUUGAUGAAUCGUGCAAUUUUAUUUUUUAUUUUUGAUCAUUACUCUGUUGUUGCUGAGAUAUGCACCGCGUUGCUUUUGUCGUCCCUGAGAAGAAAAGCUCCCUCAUAUAUGUGUGAUAACUGUGAAUUUUUACAUGUAGCCAAGAUGCUUGUGGAAACUGUGAUUAUCGUCUUGUCCUGUGCAUUGCUGUACGGUUUUUCUCUCUGUGGAGUGACGGGAGUGGAAGCGAGAGUGAAUGUGUGUGUGUGUGUAGAUAAGGUCCAUGUUUUUGUCAGUGGUUGUGAUAUUCCAGCAGCAGCCACCACCUUUUCUAUUAUCCAAAGCCUCUCAAUAAACAUAUCAUUGUGCCAGUCUU